AUGGCCCUUGAUCAGCAAAGAGGAAAUCAACCUGCUUCAUACGAAGAAUCUACCGGGACAAACAAUGAGCCUUUUAACUCAAAUCACGGUACUACAAACAGCCAUGUUGACACCACUAUGUAUCAAACUAAUCCGGAGAGCCAGUAUGCAAAUUCUGGUGUAGGAGCGCCAUACUAUCACCCAGAGAGAAGCCACGGGCCACGAUUAGGACUCAUAAGAGGAUAUCACCGUCAAAUGUAUGAACCUAUACCGCAGAAGGGGCCUUGCUGUGCUGAAUGUUCUCCCGAAGACUCGAAGGGUACUGCGGCUUCUUUGGAAGGCUGUAACUGGGGAGUGGCAUUUGGUUGCGUGUUGUUAGUAAUCGGUGUUAUAGCAGUUCUUAUGGGGUUUUUAGUGCCGCAAAAACCCACAUCAAGACAUGGAAAAUUAACUACUGUGGAGAAAAAUGAACUGCACCAGAUUAAUCUUUUCAUUGAUAUAUUUGUGAUAUCUGGUCUGUCAGUUCUCUCUAUAGGAGGUUUACUGAUAGCAGUGGCGUUACUUCUGCCUUUGUUCCGAAGAAAAACCGAUCAUCGCCACGAUGAACCGGUCAGGUACUUUGGAAGCGAGGUGUAUGUCAAGGCCGAAGAUGUACCUAUGACUAAGUCUGGAAAGCCGUCAAUAGAUUUGGGAUUUCAUAAGGAUAUUGUACCAGCAGAUAUUGCCCUGCGCAAAAUCCAACCAGAAAGAGAAAAGAGCGAACCCAUUGAUUUAGUGGCACAAACAAAAUAA